GCCGCGUAGGAUUUUUUUAGCCGGGCGAGGUACUGGUUGUUUAAGCAUGGCGUUCUGACUUUGUGUGUGGCCUUGUUGCAGGUCCCGAGCUUUGUUGUGGUCGACACUGCAUGUGCGCUGAUAGAGGGGCAUCCUCGGCCUCUGUUCUGUUGUGCUUUUUUGUGGAUUGUUUAUGUCUUUGAUCUUGUUUUAUGAUUCUGAAGUGUGCUUCCUUCCCCUCCCCUUUUUGCCCAAUCCCCCCCGGCCCAUCACAACCCCAAUAUGCUCACGAACUCCACCACCCUCCCCUCCCCCUACCCCCCCGGCCCAUCGCAACCCCACGAAUUGCCCCCCUGCCCAUCACAACCCCAAAAUGCUCACAAAUUCCCACAAGAAAAAGGUUACACCAUUGGUUGGGGGGUUGGUAGUGGCGGCUGCUGCCAUGGCAGGAAAAUAUGGCAUCGAAGCAUUUCAAGUUUGGAAAACUCGUCCAAGGCUUGUGCGAGUCCGCAAGCAUUACCAGGGCGGAUUUCAGCCAGUUAUGACGAGGAGGGAAGCAGCAUUGAUCCUGGGCGUCAGGGAGCAUGCGGCUGCAGAGAAAGUGAAGGAGGCGCAUCGACGAGUGAUGACAGCAAACCAUCCAGAUGCCGGUGGCAGUGAUUAUCUAGCUUCAAAGAUAAAUGAAGCGAAAGAUCACCUAAUGGGGCAGACAAAGGGAUCAACAUCAGCAUUUUGAUAUUUUUUUGUUUUUCGUUAGCUCGUUAAAGAUACCAUGUACCCAUGGUUGUUUUCAUUUGUUUUAGGUUAAUGUUUUCAGCUCAGAAGAGAAUGUUGUGUCUGUUUCCAUUGAGUUCCGUACUGUACGUCCUUUUGUGCAUCAAUGUUUUCUCAGGUGCUCCCAGAGAAUUUCCAAUCCACUUCAAAGCGCGGGAUGCUUCUAAACGUGACCGUUUGUCAAAAGGCUAGCCCAAAUUUUAAAUACGACGUUUGGUUCGCAUCCCGCGUCUAAGAGUGAUCGAUCGUCUGUAGCACAACGAGAUCUCCCUGCGUCAUCUUGUCCGAUCUCACAAGCAUGUGAAUGUCGAUGUCCAGCUCGUCAGGUGUUUGGCUUGGUCUGUUGUUUUUGCAUUUGUUAGGUUUGUUGGGUAAUGCUUCUUCAAACUUGAGCGAUGUCAUUCAGAUUGACUUAUUAUAUCAUGUAUGUUGAAUCUAUUGAUGCUUCGGUCUUUUGCCCUUUAUGUGCUGAUAAAGACCCAACCUUCCC